UCUAAGAUAAAAGAAGGAAGGAAGCACAAAGAAAAUGGCUUCUGAGAAAGUUGAUAUCAGUGUUUUGGUUGUGGAUGAUGAUGAUACUUCUUUGGCCAUCAUUACUAACAUACUCAACUCAUUCGAUUAUAAAGUUCUCAUUGCCAGAGGCGCUCUUAACGCUUUGGAUAUUCUUCGAGAGUUUCAAGGCUUUCUUGAUCUCGUCAUUACAGAACUUCAUAUAUCAGGAAUGGACGGGGUUGAAUUUCAAAAGCGUAUUGAAAAUGAAUUCCAGUUACCAGUAAUAAUGAUGUCAGCAGAUAGGAGAAAGAGUGCAGUGGCCAAGAGUUUAGCAAAUGGUGCAGCACAUUUUAUUUUGAAACCCUUUUGCCAAGAUGACUUCAAGGACAUUUGGCAGCAUGCUGUGGCUGCAAGGAAAAGGAAAAUAAGUAUUGAAAAUAAUGAAGGGGCCUCACUGCCAGGUGGUGGCGUUUUUAUUCAGGAUGCUAACUAUGCAAUACCAUCCACUGUGAAUAAGAGGAAAAGGAAGUACAAGAGUAGCCAAAAGAAUAAUAAGGAAGGCCAAAGUGAAGGAAAGCAUCGGCUUGUGAAGAAACCAAAGAUUGUUUGGACAGCGUACCUUCACAACAUCUUUCUGCUUGCCAUAAAACGUAUUGGAUUGGAGAGUAAGUAAUCUGCUGCAAAUAUUUGGU